AUGUCUCAGAAAUUCCCUGAAGUCCAAGGAGGCGGCUCUCUCAUUGUUGCCUGGCAGAUCAGGAACAAACACGUCCUGGUCGUCGGAGGUGGUGAGGUAGCAUCAGGUCGUAUCCUCCAUGCUCUCAAUGCCGAUGCCAAAGUGACCGUCGUCUGUCCCAAUUCCGGCCUCAAUGAAGAAGUCGCCUAUCGCGUCGCCCAGAACCAAGUCUCCCAUAUCGACCGCAACUUCGAGCCCCACGAUCUCGACAAUGCUGACAUGGUCCUCUGCGCAAUUGAUGACCCUGAGGCCUCGACUCAAGUAUGGAAACUGUGCAAAGAGCGCCGUAUACCCGCAAACAUAGCUGAUGUGCCGCCGGAAUGCGACUUUUACUUUGGUAGCAUGCAUCGCGAUGGUCCGCUGCAGAUUAUGGUUAGUACGAAUGGUAAUGGGCCGAAAUUGGCAAAUAUAGUCAGGCAGAAGAUUGCCAGCACGCUGCCGCAAAACACGGGGGCUGCUAUUGAGAAUGUAGGUUUGUUGCGCAAAAAGUUGCGGGAGGUUGCUCCGGAUACUCAAGAGGGGCCCAAGCGGAUGAAAUGGCGGGAGAGGUACCCAGUCUUGAGGACAUUCGCGGAACAUCAAGAUGAUACGCUUUAUCUGUUAUUUUGGUACUAUGUGCUGGGCUUUUAUCAACUUGUCGGCCGUCUGGUCAUUGGAUUCCGUGCUAGUCAAUUGACGGCUAUCUUCCCUGUAUACGCUUCCUUCGUCGCUCCUCCGUCGAUUCGUGGAUCAUUUGGAGGCUUGCAAAUGUUGGAAUGA